CCGCUCAUUGGCCUCCCUCCUCCCUUCCGCCGCGCUCUUUCUCGUCGCUUCUGAGUGACGUAAUCCUUCCUUUCCGGCCUGGGCUCGCGGCGUGUAAGGAGGAUUUUUUUGUUACACGUCACUUCUGGCAAGUGCUCUAGAAACACAAGAUGCAGAACGACGCUGGGGAAUUUGUGGACCUCUACGUGCCUCGUAAAUGCUCUGCUAGCAACCGGAUAAUUGGUGCUAAAGACCAUGCUUCCACCCAAAUGAAUAUUUCCGAGGUUGAUAAAGGAACAGGUAGAGUCAAUGGCCAAUUCAAAACAUACGCCAUUUGUGGAGCAAUUCGUAGGAUGGGGGAAUCGGAUGACUCUAUUCUGCGCCUGGCAAAAAAUGAUGGCAUUGUUUCCAAGAAUUUCUAACUGAAGAAGCACCAUGAUUUGGAAUCUCUUAUAAAAUAAAACAAGUUGUAAACAUCUGA